UAGUCGGGUUCUGCUCACCUGCCUCCUCACAUCACUACUCCCGUCGUUCACCUCCCUAUUCUUAUCCCGCUUACUACUAGUACUCCUUUGACAGUAUUGCCUACUUACCCUGGAAGCCAUCUGACACACGGAUACUACCUACGUCGAAAUUAUGGCAGCGCCCCAGUCACUUAUCGAUACCUUGACCGCCUCUGGAGGCGCGGAACCAGCAGGUGAGAUAUGGCACACUCAACGCCAUGCCAUCCUUGCUGCGUACUAGUAUCGAUUGGAAUGAAUGCUCACGGAACAGGCUUCCUCAAUGACAUUGUCGAACAGCUAUGGCCUAACAUCUGUGUCUACGCUGGUAACAUGGUGAAGGAAACUGUCGAGCCCAUCCUCACAUCGUCACUCCCCAGCCCCCUUUCCAACCUCAAAUUCGUCAAGAUCGAUCUCGGGCACGUGCCCAUUCGCUUUUCCAAUGUCGACGUGCACAAGACGACGACGCAGGGCAUCAAGCUCGACAUGGACUUGAACUGGGAUGGGGUGUGCGAUAUCGAGCUGGACGGGAGCAUGGUUCCCAAAGUUGGCAUCGAGAAAGUCCGAAUGAAGGGCAGAAUCAGCGUCCUGCUCUGUCCCCUGAUCAACGUCGUUCCCCUGGUCGGCGCAGCCCAGGUGGCAUUCAUCAACCCGCCCAGCCUGGAACUUGAUUUCACCGACGCGGCCAACGUUCUCGACUCGGCGCUGCUGUCCGGCACGAUCCGCCGCACCAUGAUCGGUAUCAUCGAGGGCAUGGCCGUGCUCCCCAACCGCUUCCUCGUCAAGAUGGACAACAACAACGACUACUUCAAGACGUACCAGCCGCACCAGGGCGUUCUGCGGCUCACUGUCGGCAGGGCAACCAACAUCUCCACGCCCGACAAGAAGAAGGGAGGCAUCAAGGGCGGCAUGUCCCGGCUCAUGGCCAAGGUCAAGCUGGAGGACACGCCGGACUGCUACGUCAAAGUCAAAGUCGGGGCCGAGGGGGAGUGGAGGACGUCGGUCGUGGACAACAACCACAAUCCGGAGUGGAACGAAACACACGACUUCCUGGUCGCCGACUUCGAGCAGCAGAUCUUCUGCGAUGUGCAAGACGACGACACCACGGACGACGACGACAUCGGGCUCGGCUCGACCACGGUCAAGGAGAUCCUGCUGAACGGCGGCUCGCACGAGCUGCCGCUCAGCCACCAGGGACAGCCCACGGGCGCCAGCCUGACCGUGCACGCGCAGUUCUACCACCUCGUGUCGGACGCGAACGCCCUCUCUGCCGCGGCCAGCCAAGGCGAGGGCCAAGGUCAAGGCCUGAUCUGCGGUCUGGCCACGGUUCUCAUCGCCAGCGCGCUCGGACUGCAGGGCAACCGCGACGAGCUCCAGCCCAGCGUCAAGGUGGCGCUUGGCGACAAGACCUUCCAGACGGCCGUCAAGACGUACACGCCCGGCACCGACAUCUUCAACCCUUCGUUCGACCAGGCCUUCCGCAUCCCGCUGACGGCCGACAUGCUGGCCAACCCGGGCACCUUCCGGAUCUCGCUCGUGAACGGCGCGCAGGAGGUUGGCCACGCCGAAGUGCCCUUCCACUACGUGGUGGGCGCCGAGGGCAUGUGCGUUGCGGACACCUUCGAGGUCGGUGGCGGGGCGACGGUUAGGGCGAGUAUCGUUGUGCGUGGCAUUCAGCGGGCGGAGUGAAAGUGAAUGUUGAUUUGGAUAUUGUAGAUUGGGUUAACGGCAUGGUCAUCUAUCUGCCAGCGUCUCUGUAACUUGCUUUGUAGUCAGAUUUGAACUGCUGCCCCAGUCACGUAAUAGUGAGAGCUCGUCGAGGGGUGGAAUGGUGAGAUAAGCUCGUCAGCGACAGCACGCUUGACUUAGACAUCUCGAGAGCCAAAUGCGGUGGAGAGGAUCAGAUGUCGUUCUUCAUCAUAGCACAGUAAUUGAGCCGAAUACUGACCCAACUCUAGAAAGAGCGGGACCGUGGUUCUACUUGUAUAUGCGGCAUGUGAGGUACACCAGUACUUCUUCUACUAGUCCUGAUACAUGAUGG